UGAUGUGUUUAGACUUCGUAUUUUAAUCCAUCUCAGCCGUUAACCUCUCAUUGCAAUUCGUGUCUACGGUGGAUCCUCUCCCUCUCACUGCAACACUCACUCUUUCACAAAGAUGGAUAAUUGAAUUGAGAACUAUAAUCUGUCUUUUUCAAUUCAAUAGCAGAUUUCUCAGCUCUCUGCUACAACAAAUCUACUUCUGAUGGAUUAAAUUUCAAUGGUUGUGUGUUUGAACACUGAAGUUCAUAAAUAAUGAAAUGGUAGCAAGGAGUUGGCGGAACCUUGUACACUCAUAAUCCCCUCCUGUUCAGUGGUUUGGGCAGGGGCUAGUCUGAUGGAGCUCAGGUCCAUCGAAAAGCUCCACCAAGCUUUUUCAUUUGAUUUUUGUUUCUUCCUCUUAUACUAAUUUUUUGAGCUGCAAGAUGACAAUGGUGAGGGGAACUCCAAUGUAUUCUUCUGUGACCCUCUUCUGUCGAAGAUUUGCCCAAUUCCGAAACCUCUCCUCAGAGACCAAACUAGGGUAUCAUGAUCUUCCCACCGAAAACCUCGAUGCUAAAGAUUGCAACUUUAUCCAUGAAAUUUGUAGGAUUACACGAACAAAGGCCCGAUGGGAGGACACCCUUCUUUCCCUGUAUCCAUCUUUCAAUUUUUCUGAACCCUCUUUCUUCCUCCUUUAUCUUAACCACCAGAACAAUGCCUUCCUCUCCCUCCGUUUCUUUCACUGGCUGUGCUCUUCUUGUGGUUUCUCACCUGACCAAUCAUCUUGCAGUGCCCUCUUCUGUUCGCUUGUGGAUGCUGGAGCCUGCAAAACAGCAAAGUUAUUGCUUGAUUACCCGGGCUUCACUCCGGAGCCUGCUUCCUUGGAGGGUUAUAUUCAGUGUCUCGGAAGGGCUGGGAUGGUUGAAGAUGCAGUUGAUAUGUUGAAACAGGUUGGGUUUUGCCCCUCCGUAGCAACUUGGAAUGCAUGUCUCUUGAGUUGCUGGAGGGCUGGGAGGACUGAUUUUGUUUCGACAUUGUAUGAACAUAUGAUGGAAUCCGGUGUUGCUGCUAGCAUUAAUGUGGAAACUGCUGGAUAUCUGAUAAUGGCAUUCUGUGCAGAAAACAAAGCUUUGAAAGGGUAUGAACUUCUUAGGGAACUUCUGGAAAAUGGCUUACUUCCUGACAAUGUUGUUUUCAAUGCACUUAUUAGGGGGUUUUGUAAGGAGAGACAAUAUGCUCGAGUAUCUGAGAUCCUUCAUAUUAUGAUUGCCAGACAAUGCAAUCCCGAUAUCUUUACUUAUCAAGAAAUCAUAAAUGGACUCCUGAAAAGGAAGAACUCUGAGGGUUUCCGGGUAUUUAAUGAUCUCAAGGACAGAGGAUAUUUCCCAGACAGGGUUAUGUACACAACUGUGAUCAAGGGUCUCUGUGAGAUGGAAAUGCCUGGGGAAGCCAGGAAAAUGUGGUUUGAGAUGAUUAAAAAAGGAUUUCAGCCAAAUGAAUACACCUAUAAUAUAAUGAUGCAUCGGUAUUUUAAGAUUGGUGAUCUUGUUGGGGCAAGGAAGAUCUUUGAGGAUAUGUGCAGCAGAGGUUAUGCAGAAACCACAGUUUGCUAUACCACAAUGAUUUCAGGUUUGUGUUUGCAUGGAAGGACAGAUGAAGCACAUAGCUUGUUUGAAGAAAUGGUUCAGAAGGGCAUUGUUCGUGAUUUGAUUACAUACAAUUCUCUUAUUAAAGGCUUGUGCAAUAAUGGGGAGCUGGUUCAGGCAAGAAAAUUAUUAAAUGAACUGCUGGCACAGGGAUUAAAGCCAUCAGUUUCCUCUCUUAAUCCUCUUAUUAAAAGAUUAUGUGAAGAAGGAGACACACAGGGUGCGAUUAGGCUGUGGAAGGAUAUGCAGGAUAAGCAUUUGCAACCAAUAGCCAGUACGUAUGAUUAUAUUAUAACUGGGUUAUGCAAAGAAGGACAUUCUCUGCAGGGAAUGGAGUGGUUGUUAAACAUGCCGAGUUGGAAGCUGAAACCCCAGGAACAGACUUUUGAGUUCCUGAUUAACAGUCUAUCACAAGAAGAUAGGUUGGAUGACAUUUUGGUUGUUUUAGAGUUCAUGUUUAGAAUAGGAUAUAGACUAAAAGAAAGCACAAUUCAUUCUUUGGUGAGUAAAUUUAGCAGGGAUGGUUUUCAGUUUCCUGACUUAUGUUUGGAGAAGAUCAUAGAGAGGAAUUGAUAUAACUGAU